AUGGGUGUCGUAAGUCAAAUUUUGCUUUUAUUUGUUUGGAAUUUAGGUUAAUUUAUCUCUAUUUAAGUUUUUGUUGUUAUACAAAUCUCGAAAAAGCUUAUAAGGUCAAGAAGGACAAGUUAUUGAGCUAUAACACUUUCAAAAUUAGGUUCAAAGAUAUUGUUUUAGAUGAGAUACGUGAGUAUAAUAGUGGACUACUCUAGUGCAAUGUUAUCAACCCAACCUUUGUAUCCGUCACUUAUCUCGGUCUCAAUCCGGUUGUUGAAGGAUUUUGUGCAAAAAUUCUUUCAAUUUAAUCCGAUAGCUCAGAUUGGGAUCAUUUUAUGCACAGAUCGCCGUCCAAAUCGACUGGUUUCGUUUACAAGUAAGUUAUUUGUUUCGAAUAUUGUAUGUUUAGGUGAUACAAGGACCUUACUGGAGUGCUUAAAUGGUUUGGACUAUGCUUCUUGUACUGGAGAGUUUUCUUUACAAAGUUCUAUCCAAAUGGCCGCUAGUGAUCUAAGGUAAUAUAAGUUUUUGAAAGGUUAUUAGGGAUCUGGAGGGAAAUCUAAUGUAAUUUACGUAUGAUUAGUAGCAUAAGCAGAUAAUAUACUUUGUUUUGCAAUAGUUUUCAUAUGUUAUGCUUUAGCUUUUGAAGAGUUAUGUUAAAGUUUGUUAAUAAUAUCUACGUUAACAUAAAGAUUCUUGUUAUUUUAUGUUUUUUUAUUAAUUUCAGCGUUCAACCCGGCUAUGCAAGUCGAGAAAUAGUGGUAAUAUCCGGUAGUUUGGCUACAAUUGACCCUGGCAACAUUUUUAGCACAUUUGAGGCAAGUUUAAUAAUAUUUUAGGCUAAAACUUCAAAGCUUUUUAAAUUUAAUUUUUUGAGACUUCAUGACGAUUUUGUAAUUUAAAUUUUUACUUCAGGACCUCAAACGACAACAGAUUAGAGCAUCAACAAUUGGGUUAUGUGCUGAAUUGUUCGUAUUUCGUAAAAUGUCAUCUGUAACGCAUGGUCGAUGUGAUGUUGUACUUGAUGAAGGUCAUUAUAAGAAAAUCUUGGAUGAUUACAUAAAGCCAGUCGUUUUGCCAAAAGAAUCCGAAAGCAAUUUGAUUCGAGUUUGUUUUCCAGUUAGGGAUGUUGUUUUUGAGCCUCCGGUUUGUGUUUGGUAAGUAUAAUGGGCUUUGAUAGGUUUAUUAUUGUUGUUUUUGAUGGGUAUAGGGAGGUAAUUGGUCUGAAAUUGUUUUUUUAACUAAAAUUAUUUUAGGCUAUACAAUUUUUAUCAUUUUUUGAAUCAUUUCAGCAACUAAAACCUCUUAUUUCAGCCACCGCGACGACUUUUCCGACCUAGAACAAGCCUAUAUCUGUGCUCAAUGUGGAGCUCACUUCUGUAGCACUCCAGUCGAAUGUGGAGUGUGUGGCGUACUUUUAAUAACCUCACCUCAACUAGCAAGAACAUUUCAACAUCUUCUUCAACUAGACGACUUUAAACAGGAUUCUGAAGCCGGAUCUUGUUAUGCAUGUCAUGGAAUGGCAGAAAAACGCUUUUCUUGCCCAAAAUGUGAUGAGAAGUUUUGUGAAGAUUGUAAUGAACUGAUACAUAGGAGUCUGCAGAUAUGUCCAUCUUGUGCUUGA